UUUUUUUUUUAUUUAUCUAUUAUACCAUGACAAAGAAGGAUGUAUCAGAAAACCAUUGUUUCUAUUGCUUUGAUGUUUUAGAAGCAUUUUUGGAGAACAAACCUAUACCAAAGGCUUCCUUUCCUGAUGAUGCUUAUCCACUCUUUAUUACAUGGCAUAGUAAAUUCAAAGGACAUCGUGAACUCCGGGGAUGCAUAGGCAACUUUCAUCCAUUACCAUUACGAAAGGGAUUACAACAGUAUGCUUUAACAAGUGCUUUAAAUGAUAGACGGUUUUCCCCUAUUGAAUUGACGGAAAUGCCUCAUUUGGAUUGUGCUGUAUCAUUACUUACUGAUUUUGAAUUAGCCAAGGAUUAUCUGGAUUGGGAUAUUGGAAAACAUGGUAUUUGGAUAGAAUUCUCACUAGUAGAUGAUGAUGAUGAUAAUAAUAUUCUAUAUGGAAGAAGACGACGAAGAUCAUCGAAAACAACAACAACAGCAACCUAUUUACCAGAAGUUAUAGGGGAACAAGGAUGGACAAAGGAAGAAGCAAUAGAUUCAUUAUUGAGAAAAGGUGGUUAUCAUCGACAUAUCACUGAAGCCAAACGGAAAUCUAUCAUCUUGACUCGUUAUCAAUCUCAAAAGAUCACUCGUACUUAUGCCGAUUAUCGUACUCAUUGUGCUUUACGUGAAGGUGAAACAUUGACCCUCUCCAGCGGUGCUUGAAUUACAUUUGGGAGCUAUCUUUUUCUUAAAUAAAAAAAGAAAUCCUUUAAAACU